GGCGGUCUGUACUCUGGACGUCUGGUUUUCUCAAGAGAGCAACACCUGGUGACGUCACCAUUGUAGGUCACAGCAUUGCCAGCUCACCCACAACACAAACGGUACUUCUGUGUGUGCUGAGCUGCAGUGUGUGCGGAUGUAGUGACGGGGAGGGAGGGAGCGCAGAGAGUAUCACUACAGCGCAGCAGAGAGCCACUGUCACACAGAGCUGUCUGAGCGCAGUGGAAGGGCGCACUUUCCAUUGCGCUCCUGAGAAAAACCGACUUGUCUGUUGAACAGUGGCGUGCGACAGACCCACACACACUCAGACAAACACAGCGAAGGACGUAUGUGAGAGGGGUGCGUUUCAGCGGAGACUAUUCCGGGGAGUCUACAUCCAGGAUUCAGGAAUUUUGCGCAAGUCAUGGCAUUUGUUUGGAAAGUAAAUAAACAAAGCGCUCUGCUGGCGAACUAAUUCACAAAGAUGAGUCACCGAGGGGGUGAUCCACAACAUUCAGUGGUUCUGUGGUUUUCUCAGGCGGGACAAAGUCCGGUAAGCUGCGCGAUUCUCACCCACAGAGCGAUAAGCGUCUCUCGGUCACCUUCUGAAAUGAUGUCUCGUGGCGACGUGCGUGGCGCGCCAGAGUGCGUGUGAGUGAUUGACCGAUAGUCUUUCUGAGAGAGAAAAAGAGAGGCUGGAUAUAAACAGCAGCCAGGCUUUCAGGCAGCGACAGCCAGACACUCAGAGCAGCCAUCUCGCCUCUCUCACAGCUCCUCAGACCCAUGCAGGAUGCCCGGAGAGCGCCGGGGAGUCCUGGUCCAGCUCAGCCCGAGUUCAUGACGCUCUGGGCGGCCUCGUCAUGCGUCUGUUGCCCGAGCCCAGCGCUCUCCGGCUCCUCUUCCUCUUUAUCUUCGUGAUGGGGGUGACCCCUUCCCCGGCUCUCACAGCCGGCUGCCCAGACAGAUGCGUGUGCGACGACCAGCUGGUGGUCCAGUGCGCCGGGCAGGAGCUCACCCUGUUCCCCAAUGACCUGCCCCUGGCAACCCGGCAGCUCAUCAUCUCCAACAAUCGCAUCGGGGACCUUCCGGCGCUGCAGCUCAACUACCUGUCCGAUCUGGUCUAUCUGGACUGCAGCAACAACUCUCUGACCGAGAUCUCCGAGUCCACCUUCGGGAAUUUGCGAAAACUCGCCUACCUGGACUUGUCGUUCAACACCCUGCUGCAGAUCGAGGACCGGACUUUCGGGCCCCUGGCGUCUCUGGUGAUGCUCCGGCUGACAGAUAACCCGAGGCUGGGAGAGAUCCACCCGGAUGCCUUCUCGGAGAAUAUGGCUCUGCAGGUGCUGGAUGUGAGCCGCAACAACCUGACGGCCCUCAACAUCAGCAGCCUGAUCGCCCUGCCUGCUCUGCGGUCUCUGGGGCUCAGCGGCAACCCCUGGAGUUGCGACUGUGACACGGAGGACCUCUGCCUCUGGGUGCAGAUAGAGGGCUUCAAGUUCCAAGACGAGGGCCAGACAGUUUGCCACAGUCCCCCAGAGCUGGCAGGCCAGCGAUUGGCGGAGGUCGGCAUGCAGCUGCGGGCAGACUGCCACCAAGGCCUGGGCUACUGGGACUACCUCUUCUUCAUUGCCAUCGGCUUCGUCAUCUUCUCGGCCGGCACGGUGUCGGCCUGGGUGAUGGGCGUGCUCAUGGUGCUGUACGAGCGCUACAGCAAAAGGAAGAGCGAGGAGCUGGACAGCGACGACGAGGAGGAUAGGGGAGGGAUGGGCGGAGGAGGUGGAGGAGGAGGAGGAGGGAACCAGGGGAACGGGGAUCUGAGCAAGCCCAGUAUGCAGGUGUGACAGGCUGAUGUGAAACAAUGUGAGAAGGCAUGACAUGAGAACAGGAGGAGAGAAAAAAGACAAAGGAAGAACCAGAAGUGAUGAGGGGACUGUGAGACCAAAGGCUCUACAAAGAACCAAGAUCUGACUGUCUCUCUUUGUUAUAGAUUUAGAUAUCGCAAUAUGCUCUUCACCAUAUUGGACAGAAAGUGUGUGUGUGUGUGUGUGUGUGUGUGUGUGUGUGUGAGUGUGUGUGUGUCUGUGAGAAAGAAAGAGAGACAGACAGAGACAGCAAUAAGGAUGACUAUGCCUUCACUUCAGGAGUACAGAAUGACCUCUGAGAUUAUUGAGAGCAAUAACCCCCAUACACACAACAACACAAACACACACACACACACUGCUCAUCUCAGCACAGAUACUACGUAGCUGCUGGUUUCUCUGAGUGGGCGGAUGUACCUGCAUACUAUGUGAAGUGCUCUUGAGUAAUAUUCUGUAAAUGAUGAUUAUAACAAGAUAUGGUAUGUGAGUGACACAUUCAAACACACACACACACACACACACACACACACACACACAAACACACAGCACAUGAAUACACAUGAGAAGGUAUUGGGGGUCACAAAGAGAGUGAUGCCUUAUCUCUGCUACAAUAAAAAGGGAAAACUAGUAGAUUUCAGUAUGAAGAUGUGAUUUUCCUGACUGCCUUAAGGCAUCUCACUUGAAAUAGUGAACAGUCACUGUUGUCUCCUAUAGACAGAAUCCGUACAGAAACAGUUUGGGAUAUGUUAAAAUAAUUUGAAUGUAAAAACUAAGAAUGAACCACGUCUACAACUCACAUUAAUGGAACACAGAUAGAUAAACUUAACAGAGUGGAGAUUUUGUUCUCCUGCUACUGGUGAGUUACUGGUGGGAUUAACAUGUGAGUUUCGAAGUUUAAAGGUACCCUGUGGAGUUUUUCACCACUAGUGGCACUAUGAAGCAGUGUUUUGAUAAGAGGGUCCCCAUUUUAUUUGUAUCUCGUGCUCUGUCUACACACAUGAGUACACCGGUGACACGAUCCAUAUUCCUGGUGAUGGUUUCAUGCUGUUGUUCUGACAGUCGGCAGCGGUAACUCACUAAGAAACAUAGUUAGCAAACAUGGAUGUAAGCAAUGCAGGUUUCAAAACAUUUAAAAAAAAAAAAUCAGUUUUACAAAUGUUUUACAAAGAAGAAAAUGCAUUCAACACGUUUGUAGGCCUCAAGGAUACAAACAACUUAAUUUAUGCCAUAAAUUCUGAAUGUAAAUAUAAUUAUUUGUUGACAAGAAAACUCCACAGAGUACCUUUAAAGAGCAACUUAACACCUCCCUGAAAAUCUUGUUUUUGCUGUCCAGUGGUUUUUACCUUUCUUCAUUGAUGUAUAAGUGUACUCUGGGUUGUGUCAGUACACGUGACAUCACUGUUGGGUGUGGUUACUGGCGAAACAGAGCACACUUCUGACCACACCCAUCAAUAGUCUAGUUUCCAUCCAAAUGUUGCGCAAACUUUAACCGAAUGCACCGCUGUGAAUAUUAGGAGUUGGUUAAUUGAGAUAAAUAGUUGGUGGUGCUAAUUCUCCACUCAGAUGCCAUUAAACCAUUGCAGAAGAAGAGGGCAUAACGAGCUGAUGUAAUUAAGAGUGCCAUUCAAACCUGAAAUGAUGGAAAACCGUGUGGAAAAUGUGACGGAAAUAUGGCAUUUCUGUUUGUUUGAGGUAUUAAUUUGAGGAAUAUUAAAGUCUCCUCAUCCCUCCACACAGAUCUGAUGUUUUUCUCUCCAGUGGAGCAGAAGCUUUAAGUCACAUGCUUCAUGUUCGUCAUGAUUUAUUCGCUAAGUCUGUUUCCACUGCUCUAUCACAUUUUGUUUUUAUCAAUAUCAACCUUUUCUCUUUUUUUGCAAUUUUUUUUUUUUUCAAAUUUCCACUCAGGUUUUGCUAUACACAUUUUCAAUUUGCAGGUGGAUGGAAACACACGUAUUGAUGAAACAGACCAGAGAGGGCAGUGUGACGCUGCUUUUCAGCUUGGUGUUAACUUACUUAACUAAGUCUACCUAUAGCGACACUAUGUGACUGUAUCAUAUCUUGUGUGUACUGUACAUGUGUUCAUCUUCAUGUUUCUGUGUGUAUAUGCUUUCCUGUGCUGCAAGCCACACUGCGGUAGUUUCUCAUUCAGUCUUCUGGAGCAGGUUCAUUGCAGCUGCACUUGAAGACAGCAUCAGGGUGAUGGAGUCAGUCGUAUAGCUAACGAUGACUCUACACUAUGUGACUGGAAGCCUCGCUUGGUUGACCUCAUGUUACAGUUAUGCACAUAUAGGCCACAGUCUAUAGAUCAGCUGUCAGUGUGGAGUAGUAGUAGUAGCGUGUGUGUUCAUGUAUGCGUGACUGUGUUUGUGUUCAAGUGGGGCAGAGCGAUCACAGAGCAUCUCUGUGUGUAGCAUGGACGAGUGAUUCAUGUGCCCAGACUGAUCCAAACCAUUCUUCCUCCAUCCUGCUCCGCUUCCUCCCUGUCCGUCACGGGACGGAUGGGCGGUUAGAGAUGAUAAACGACAAACUCUGGAUAGAGGUGGGGUGGGGAAAGAGCGGGGUCAUCAUCAGAAGCGGGAUCCUGAUUGAUGUACUUAACAGCUGUAUUGAAAGACUGAUUGAUAGUGAGGCUUUCAUUCAUUUUCUGAGCUGAGUGGCUCCAAAUGCCCCAGAUGAAUGGGCAUGGGUAAAUGAUAACCCUCCAGAGGUCUUAGCAGAGUGUGUGUGUCAGUGUGUUUGUGCAUACAUGCGUGCGUGUUUAUGGCUAUUUCUGGCUUGGUUUAUGAUGGUGACGGUGUAUCUUUAUGUGGAUAAAGAAGAGUGACAACGACAUUUUCUUUCAUACACAAAAUAUCUCACUCUUUCUCUCUUUCUCUCGCUCUCUCUCUAUCUCACACACACACACACACACACACACACACACACACACACACACAGACUCACCCACAUGCACAAUAAAUCUCAAGGGCACAGCUAAAGUCAGAGCCGUGGGCCCGAGAACAUUAACACUCCAGUUUUGGUCUCUCUUACCAUGCAUCACUACAUCCUCUUAUCCUCCCCUCCAUCCUCAAUAUGACACUGUCAUCAGCUUUCACACAAUGCAGGCACACACACGCAAACACACACACACACACACACCUGGGCCUAUAAUUUAAAUCUUUAGGCUGUCAUUAUCAGAUCAUUUGUUCAAGGGGAAGCUUAGAGGCGUACAGGCUUUUAAAUGACCUGCAGAUUGCUGGUGUCAAUCCUUCUUAUGUUACAUCACGUUCAUAAAAAGACAUCUGACCUACAAGAGCGUGGCCUCACAGCUACAUACCUGAACUUAUCUUUAACCACAGUGCUUCCCGUUUGGAACGAGCAGCUAUCGUUAGUUUUAUGCUGCCGACAAAUAUAGAGCUGUUUAGCAGACAUAAAAUGUCAGUCCUUUACCAGCAGUAGGUCAGAGGACAGGGGAGUGUGUGUGUGUGUGUGUGUUUGCUGGGCGCAAUCCUGGUGUUAACUCGUCACAGGACAGAACACAGGACAGAGUAAAAAUACCACUGAUCUAAGAAGAAGAGGGCUUGUGUUUUGUGUGUGUGUACGUGUGUAUUUGUGCACACACACAUGUAAGAGGUGUUCGAGGGUGUAAUCAUCUGUGAAGGGGCUAAAAGUUCUAUAGAGAGAUAUGUACAGUGCCUGGACUCAGAGUGUAUACGAGAUACACACUGUAUGUUAGCCAGUGGAAAGGGACAUUUGCGUAAGAUGUGGUGUGAAUUUGUGUGGAUUUUUGUUUAGAGGAGUCACUGCAGCUAUUAUUCGUGCUCGCUGGAGAAAAGUGUAAAGGCUGAGGAGUUCAAAGAAAUCGACGUGUUGUUGCUCAGAAAAUCAUUGCCGAGGGCGAUGUUCUGGAUGCGGCUGGCGUAUGUGAGUAAGUGAGAGUGAUGAAUAAGCGGGAGGGGCUGCUUUGUAACUUGUCCCCUCCUGUCGUCAUCUAUUGACACGUGUGUGUGUAUGUGUGUGUGGUUAUGUGUGAGUGUGUAUGUGUGUCUGGUUCAUACAUUAUUACGCAGAGGAGGAAAAAUCAUUAACCUGCCGAUUAGAGAUCAGAAGUUAGAGCUGCAGAAUGCAGAUGUCCUCAAAGGCGACAGACCUGCAGAGACCGAACAGUCCUCACUGUAUGUAUUUGUGUGUGAGUGAAUGUGUGUGUGUGUGUGUGUGUGUGUGUGUGUGUUCGUCCAAUAUGGGAUUUCUGAUAUACCUGCUGAUGUACAGUAUAUUAUGUCUUUUCUUUCUCGUUUCUUUAGUUUUGUACAUCAUGAAUCAUAAGCAAUAAAGAACAUAAGGAUGAAGAAUGGAUGAAAAGUAGUUUUCUAAGACUUUAAUUGUUAAUACUGAGAAAGUGAUUUGAAUUCUUGUGCUGCAAUAGAACAGGAAUUCUUACAUGAAUAAAACAACUACUCAGUUAAAUAUUGUAAGAAGUUUUAUACCACAAAUACUGGAAAUCUUUCAACUGUCUCAAAACACUUCCUCUUCCUUUACUCUUACAUAAGUGCUAAUAAUGAGUCUUGGAAUGCAUUCAUUCAGGGUGUUAAUAGUAUUUGUAGGCUUAUCGGUUCAUCAGCUUGAAGUUAUAAUUGUUAAGUUUUUAAUUAAAUCAGACCCCGUUUUUGAAUUAUCUCUCUACAUGGUAGUGUAGAGUAGUGUUAAUGGCCACCACUCACACUGCCUACCUAAGCACAAGAGAUUCACAGGAAAACAAUGCAUACAUGCAAUCCAGUGCAAAUUUACUGAUAACAGCCUCACCGUUUACUGUUCACUCUCCUAACGCCGUGUCAGAGCUGUAUUUAAGUUACUGCUAAUACUGAUACCUACUGCUGCUAAUUCACAUUAAAAGCAUUCAACUGGUGAAACAUGGGGUGGCUUUUAUUGUGAAGGUUGCAAUUAUUUUUGACCAACUUCUUUAUUAAAGCAUGAGAUUGUUUGGCUGUACUGUAAACAGAUACAGCAGUUGCUCUUGUGUUGUAUUUGUGACAGAGAAGCUAUUCAAGGAGUGUUUUCUGUAGUAUUGAUGUUACCACAGUAACCACAAGUGUCGCCAAAUCAACCAGGACUAAGAUCUUAAAGUCCAACUGAAAUCACAUUUAGUUAUCCCUUUUUGUAGUCAGAAAUAAUAUCAUCUAGCCCGCAAACUGACGUUAGCAUUGCGCUUUUCCCCUGUGAAUGUUUGUUUGGUUGCUCGUUCAACAAGCUGUGGUGCAGGACAAGACGUGUGUUCAUGUUUGUUAGAUACGAAGGAGACGUUAGCAGUAAAGCGUAGUUUCAUCAGAAGUUGGCUGUAUAGGCUACAUUACGCAUGGCAUGAGGUCGCAAACCGGAAAUAAAACCAGUUGUUUGUCAACCGCCAAUAAACCUCAAAGAAGAAGAAGAAACAACACCAGUCGCCUUGGCCAUCUACGAGAGAAAAAUGGAGAGAGGUCUUCAAGAAUCAGCUUCUUCUUCUUCUUCUUCUUCUUCUUCUUCUUCUUCUUUUUCUUCUUCUCUCGGAGCAGAAACAGCUGAUCAGUCAUGUGAGUUUAAUGUUCGCUAAGUCAGAACUUAUUGUUUUCCGUUAAGCGCAUUAACUCCUUUUUGAAAAAGACAAAAAACACCUCAAGCAAGCUUAAAAACAUCAUGAAACCAAAAAAUAUAAAAUAUAAAUUUCUCUUUUGGUUUCUGAUUUUCUUUCUCAAAGCAGAACACAGGACAAGUGAUUUACAUAGCAGAUUUGUAUACUGUAGAACUGUAAAAAUGCUAUUUAAUUUCAGUUGGACUUUAAGGAUUAUAGCUUUUACAUGGUGUCUGUUGAUAAUGAUACUUAGUCUGUCCCUACUGUGUGUGUGUAUGCAGGGGUAGGUGUGUGUGUGUGUGUGUGUGUGUGUGUGUGUGUGCAUUUUUCUGCAGUAGCCUGUUGAGACUCACUUUCACAGAUAACCUCCACUCUGUGAGGAUGGUAAGAGCAAUCUGAGAUUCUCACACACUAAGAGAAACUGAACGCUCUCAUAGACCCCAGUACCACCAUAGCUUGUUGAACGAGCAUCUUUGAGCCUGACAAUGCCCACUUCUAUAAAUCCAUUUAAUGUAUAUUGGACACAAUGUGUAGCUCCACAUUACUCAAAGAUUUGACCCUCUGCACACACACCACAAAAACACACACAUACACAAACAGUGGGCAGUGGGAUAGGUCAGGGGCUUAGAGCAGGAAGCAAAGGCUCACAGACAACUUCAGUGAAUGCACAUAUGAAUGAUUCACUCUCCUCUCUCGCCUGACAACUUUUCUUUCCCCUAUUUAUCUGUCCUCACACUCUGCUCCCACCUGCUUGGCUCACAGCACUCCACCCUUCCACUUCCUCUUUCUUUCCACUGCCCCCAUCCCUUCAUUUCACUUGUGCUGCCAACUGCUCAGCUACUCCACUGGCAAAGAGCACGCUCUAAUCCUUCACACAGCCCUUGAAACUCUGCCUGCUGGAUUUUACAGCUUUGGAGCUUCUGGAGCUUCCCGCUAAGAAAAACAGGAAGGAUAGCAGACAGACAGAAAUGGCAAAUGUAUACUAAAAGAACACAAAACCCCAGAAGCUCAACAGCAAUGCUAGAGACAAAACAUUUUGUGUUCACACAACCAGUAUUGUGUGUUUGUGGGUGUGUGCUUGAGUUUGUAUGCUCAGUCUGAUCUCGUUAUUUCUCUGAGGGCAAUGUUAGAGCGUGAGCAUGAAGCACAGAGACCAUCUAAUGCAAUAAGUCAAUAAUACAUCCCAUCAUCGCACACGCAGACACACACACACACACACACACACACACAGCACAAAACAGCCUUCCAGGGGUAAAGAUGAGCAUUUUCUUCUUUGUGGAUCCUUUCUUUUUGAACCAGUUCAUGUCAGUAGAUUCUCCUUUACAUCUGUACUCACCAUUAACAGCAGGGCUGCAGUGGACAAAGUUGUAGUAGAGAUCACAAUCUCGUCUCAUUUAUUUUAUGAGGUAAAAAUCACGUGUGGAAUAUUCAAACAGAAGCAGGAGAGGUGAAAAGUCAAAACUCAAUAACUAUGUAUGCAUCACUUUCAGCGUGACCCCACUUUGAGAGCUUAUACACACACACACUUUCUAGCAUAAAAGCCUUUCUGUAGAUGACAUUGUGUGAGAGCAGAGGAGAGUGUGGCUGUCAGCAGGAUUCCCUCUGCUUGCUUGCCCUUGAAUGGCUAAGAGGAGCCUGAGAAGAGAAGAGCAGGGACUCACUUAGAUGGUUGUAGCAUCAAGGACAACAGAAUCAAUAGAUGGCCAUGCUAGGAAGGCUAGUUGUGAGGCUUAAAUGGAAAUUCUGGUAUUUUUCAACUUGGGUCUUCUUCUCAUAAUUGUAGCCAUAGUGGCUAAUGUAUCAUACUAACUUUGCACUCGCCACCUCUGUUGUAGAGAUUCAGGAAAUGUGACUCCAGCAAAACAACAGAAAUCGCCGCAAGCUGCGCGAACCUCCUAAAGCUUUCCAAAUAAACUUGAAUUUUACAUAAAUCAAUUCAAAUGCUUGUCAACACAGAAAGUAGCUCCUCAACUUUUGUAGCUAACUGCAUGGUGAUCUACCAAGCUAACAGUAUCUUGGUGGGCGCAAAGUUAGCAUGAGUCAGAAUGGCCACAAUCAUGAGAAUAAAUACUGGAAUUUUCUCUUAACAAUGGUCAUUGUACAAUAGAAAAAGUGCUCAGAGUUAACGAGGAGCUUUCAAAGACCUUUACUCGACAAAGGGAUUUCUUUCAGCAGAAGCCGAGUGGACUGUGUGUGAAACAGACCAGUCAGUAUGUAACUGUACUAAAAUGAGAAAAUAACAAUUGUCAGACUAGAUGUCAAUCCUAGAAAAGUCAACAUAGUAUGAUUCAAACUUGAGUGAAGAUAGUAUUUAUAUAAUUAUAUAUAUAGCUAAACAAUUCUGCAGAUGAGCCAGCAAUAGUCUUAGUUCUUAUUCAUGCUUUACACUGUGGUUUAAAAGGUUUCAGGACAUUUAAAAAAAAAAACUCUAUCAGGUGUGAAAAGUGACAACAAGCAUGCCCAGAUUGUGACUAGCAGAGAGAGACAGAGAGGUCAGAGGUCACAGCAGGGCUACAGACAAAUGUUUCAUAAUUACAUGAACAUGACACUUUCUAUAGAAACACACCAUGUGCACUCACACAGAUGAACAAAAACAAACACCACACAGAACAAUGCACCUGAGGGUCUCUGACUGAUAUUAUAUAGGGCCUACACACACACACACAGCCUGUUAUCAAUCACUGGCCUAUAAUUAAAUUGGUUGUCUGACUUACAGUAGCUCUCCUCUUUCUACUCUCUCAUCUUUGGCUUUACACACUCCUACGCACUCCUGCACACUCCACACACACACACACACACACACACACACACACACACUCUCAGACUAUUAUUGUAUGAAUCUACACAGAACUUGCUUCUGUAUGACUCGUGGUUCUGGCUAUUUAAAACUGAAGUAACUUAUAUUAAGUAACAUUCUAUCUUUUACUAUUAUUAAAAUGAUAGUGAUAUUU